AUGAAAGGUGAGCACUUUGGAACCACUGAAGCCACAGAAGCUUUUUUUGCAAUGACCAGAUUGUUUCAAUCUAAUGAUCAAACCCUUAGAAGAAUGUGUUACCUUACAAUCAAAGAGAUGGCCAAUAUCUCUGAAGACGUCAUCAUUGUCACCAGCAGUUUGACCAAAGACAUGACAGGGAAGGAAGACGUGUACCGAGGCCCAGCCAUCAGAGCUCUCUGCAGGAUCACCGAUGGUACAAUGUUACAAGCCAUUGAGAGAUACAUGAAGCAAGCCAUUGUGGACAAAGUCCCCAGCGUGUCCAGUUCUGCACUGGUGUCUUCCUUACAUAUGAUGAAGAUCAGUUACGACGUUGUAAAACGGUGGAUCAACGAGGCUCAAGAAGCAGCUUCUAGUGACAACAUUAUGGUACAGUAUCAUGCCCUGGGGCUGCUCUACCACCUUAGAAAAAAUGAUCGCCUCGCAGUUUCCAAGAUGCUGAAUAAGUUCACAAAAUCUGGCCUGAAAUCCCAGUUUGCCUAUUGCAUGCUGAUCCGAAUUGCAAGCAAGCUCUUGAAAGAAUCCGAAGAGGGACACGACAGCCCCUUGUUUGAUUUCAUUGAGAGCUGCCUGCGGAACAAGCACGAGAUGGUUAUUUAUGAAGCCGCCUCCGCGAUCAUCCAUCUUCCCAACUGCACGGCGAGGGAGCUGGCACCUGCUGUUUCAGUGCUGCAGCUUUUCUGUAGUUCUCCCAAACCUGUAUUGAGAUACGCAGCUGUACGGACCCUUAAUAAAGUGGCCAUGAAGCAUCCGUCUGCCGUAACCGCCUGCAACCUGGACCUGGAAAACCUCAUCACGGACUCCAACCGCAGCAUUGCCACUCUCGCCAUCACCACCCUGCUCAAGACAGGGAGUGAGAGCAGUGUAGACAGGCUCAUGAAACAGAUCUCUUCCUUCGUCUCAGAAAUAUCAGAUGAGUUUAAGGUGUGGCAUUGGAGGCCUCUGCUCUUUCCAGAGACCAGAGCAGUGCUGCAGUCUGGGCUCUUCCAGGCUGAGCGAGUGUCCUUGUCCUUCCCUUCCUAGGGUGGCUUUGAGUACAAGCGAGCCAUCGUGGACUGCAUCAUCAGCAUCAUCGAGGAGAAUCCUGAGAGCAAGGAGUCGGGCUUGGCCCACCUCUGCGAGUUCAUCGAGGACUGCGAACACACCGUCCUGGCCACCAAGAUCCUGCACCUGCUGGGCAAGGAGGGCCCGAGGACUCCGUCGCCCUCCAAGUACAUCCGCUUCAUCUUCAACAGGGUGGUGCUGGAGAACGAGGCCGUGAGAGCUG